GCUCUUCGCAGUGAAGUGCGCCGGGUGCCUGGAGGCCAUCGCGCCCAGCGAGCUGGUGAUGCGUGCCCAGAAGAGUGUCUACCACCUGCGCUGCUUCUGCUGCUGUGUCUGCGAGCGGCGCCUGCAGAAGGGCGACGAGUUUGUGCUGAAGGAGGGGCAGCUCCUCUGUAAGGGCGACUACGAGAAGGAGCGGGAGCUGCUGAGCUUGGUGAGCCCGGCUCUGUCGGAUUCUGGCAAAAGUGAUGAUGAUGACAGUAUCUGCAAACUGGGCCAAGCCUCAGGGAAGGGCACUGAGGAUGGAAAGGAUCACAAACGGCCCAAGCGGCCCCGGACAAUCCUAACCACGCAGCAGCGGAGAGCGUUCAAGGCAUCGUUUGAGGUCUCCUCCAAGCCCUGCAGGAAGGUGCGGGAGACACUGGCAGCAGAGACAGGGCUGAGUGUCCGUGUGGUGCAGGUCUGGUUCCAGAACCAGCGAGCGAAGAUGAAGAAGCUCGCCAGGAGGCAGCAGCAGCAGCAGCAGGAUCAGCAAAACACGCAGCGCCUCAGCUCAGCCCAGACAAACGGCGGUGGCAGCACAGGACUAGAGGGGAUGCUGAACCCCUACACCACUCUGCCUCCACCCCAGCAGCUGCUGGGCAUGGAGCAAAGCGUCUACGGCUCCGACCCUUUCCGGCAAGGGCUCACCCCACCACAGAUGCCUGGAGACCACAUGCACCCCUACGGUGCCGAGCCUCUCUUCCAUGACUUGGAUAGCGAUGAUACCUCACUGAGCAACCUGGGUGACUGCUUCCUCGCCACGGCGGACGCGGGGCCACUCCAGGCACGUGUGGGAAACCCCAUCGACCACCUCUACUCCAUGCAGAACUCCUACUUCACCUCCUGA